UCCGUCUGACCUCACUAGAAGAAACCAUUUCAGUCACAACAGAGGAGUGGAACACCGGGUGAAACCGAAAGGACAGUACAUUUAGCUAUCUAGUCCGGGACUAACACUGAUCCACCUGUGACAGUUUUGGAAAUGUUCUCCCUCUCAACCACAGUCCAGCCGCAGGUAACUGUUCAUCUCAUCAAUGCCUUCCAUUCCCUGAAGAGUCCGGUGGCGGCCAGCCCAAAUCAGAAUGACAAACGAGACACCAGUCCCGAACAUGACCCACAGAACAGGGAGCCCUCACUUAGCCUGAGGGAUCUGGGUCUGGCUGACCUGAGAGCGGAGCAGCUGGACGAGCUGGUGGGCCGGCUGCUGCCACGCCUGAGCCACGCCCACAACCUCCACACGCCCCGCCCCCAGCUGAGCGGGUGGAGGGCGUCCCACGUCUCCUCAGGCUCCUUCUUACAGAACAAACAUGGGUUCUUAGAUAGGACAGCAAGCGUUCUGGGGGCCCCAGCAUUCUGUAGGCAGAACCCCUCUCCUCUACAGGCUGUCUGCACAGAUCUUCAGUACCUGCCAGUGUGGAUCCAGGCCAGAGGCUUUAAAACUCUGAAAUCCAAGACCAGGCGUCUGCAGUCCAGCCACGAGCGCCCCGUGGAGACAGAAGGCUACACUCCAUCCUUCAUGAAGGGCCUCCUCACGCGGGAUAAGAUACCGGACGUGGAGACCCUGGACAAGCUGCUGAAGAAUAAGAACAUUCCAGAGGCCCAGCACGACGCAUUCAAGACCGGCUUCGCGGAGGGCUUCCUCAAAGCCCAGGCUCUCACCCAGCGUACACAAGACACUUUGAGGAGGACUCGGCUGAUCUUGUUGGUCCUCUUACUCCUGGGCAUCUAUGGCCUCUCCAGAACCCCCUUUUUAUCGGUGCGGUUCCGGACCACCUCAGGCCUGGACGCGGCCGUGGACCCGGUCCAGAUGAAGAACGUGACCUUCGAGCACGUGAAGGGCGUGGAGGAGGCCAAGAACGAGCUGCAGGAGGUCGUGGAGUUCCUCAGGAGCCCGCAGAAGUUCACCGUCCUGGGAGGGAAGCUCCCCAAAGGUAUCCUGCUGAUAGGCCCCCCGGGCACGGGUAAAACCCUGCUGGCGCGGGCGGUGGCCGGAGAGGCGGACGUGCCCUUCUACUACGCCUCCGGCUCCGAGUUCGACGAGAUGUUCGUGGGCGUGGGGGCCAGCCGCAUCAGGAACCUCUUCAGAGAGGCCAAGGCCAACGCCCCCUGCGUGGUGUUCAUCGACGAGCUGGACAGCGUGGGCGGGAAGAGGAUCGAGUCUCCCAUGCACCCCUACUCCAGACAGACCAUCAACCAGCUGCUGGCGGAGAUGGACGGAUUUAAACCAAAUGAAGGAGUCAUUGUCAUCGGUGCCACAAACUUCCCAGAAGCUUUGGAUAAUGCUCUGAUCCGACCCGGUCGCUUCGACAUGCAAGUCACAGUUCCCAGGCCAGACGUGAAAGGGCGCACGGAGAUCCUCAAAUGGUACCUCAGGAAAAUUAAAGUAGACCCUGAUAUUGAGGCAGAGGUCAUCGCCAGGGGAACGGUGGGGUUCACUGGGGCGGAGCUGGAGAACCUGGUCAACCAGGCGGCCCUGAAGGCUGCGGUGGAUGGCAAAGACAUCGUCUCCAUGACAGAGCUGGAGUUCGCCAAGGACAAGAUGCUCAUGGGUCCAGAGCGUAGGAGUGUGGAGAUAGACGAGAAGAACAAGAAAAUCACCGCGUACCACGAGUCCGGUCACGCCAUCGUUGCGUCCUACACCAAAGACGCCAUGCCCAUCAACAAAGCCACGAUCAUGCCACGGGGCGCUACUCUGGGUCAUGUGUCCAUGCUCCCGGAGAAUGAUCGCUGGAGCGAGACGCGCUCGCAGCUGCUGGCGCAGAUGGACGUGAGCAUGGGCGGGCGGGUCGCCGAGGAGCUCAUAUUCGGGGCCGAGAACAUCACCACUGGUGCAUCAAGUGACUUUGACAAUGCAACAAAAAUAGCCAAAAUGAUGGUAACUAGAUUCGGCAUGAGCGACAAGCUUGGUGUCAUGACAUAUGCUGACCUCUCCCACCAAAGCCCAGAAACACAGGCUGCUAUCGAACAGGAAGUGAGGGUACUCCUGAGGGACUCGUACGAGCGCGCAAAAAACAUCCUGAAGACACACACCAAAGAACACAAGAACCUAGCAGACGCCUUGCUGAUGUAUGAGACGCUGGACGCCAAGGAGAUCCAGACGGUCCUUGAGGGAAAGACGCUGGAGUGCAGAUGAUGCGCUCCAGGCCACACAGGAAUGUAAAUACAGAAUUAUAAGGGAGGCUGGACUUAAAUGAGAAUUUAAAUAAAAAAAACUUAGCUUGUUUUUCUUAUUUGCGCUCCCAGUUUUAUUGUUCUCAUGUUGGUUUCGACUGGUGGAAAGCGUGGACUUCCAUGGGAUCUGUUACUUGUCUAAUUUCAUAGUCCGUGGCCACUUUGCGGUGCGAUUCUCCCCUAACCUGGCAUAUUUCUCAGUGUGAGGUUGACCACAACACAAGCAAGCACACAAGCGUUGAGGAGUUUUUCUCUGCAUUCACAUGUUCAUUUGUCAUGUGCCCUCUCGUGUAAUCUGUGGUUUGUGUGGAGCAGGUCAGGGCGUGUGGCUGAAGGUGGCCAGUCAGAUUCUUGACUUCCUGUACAUAUAGAACUUAGACCAGUAAACUUGAAUGUAGACUUCUAUUUCACACGCGCACUUAAUGAAUUGCAUAUGACGUUUAAACCAUGAGGCGGACAAGAAUUGCAGUGUUUACUGUGAUUUGUGUUAUAAUCUGACAUAAACCAGCAUUAUGUCUGUAAAUUCCUAAUUUGCUGUAUAUUUAAUUUGGUAAAUCUUUGGAUUGGUAUCUCUGAAGGGUUGACCCCACUUGCACAAGUAGGGGACCUCAACAUCUCAGGCACUCACAAUGUGAAAUGAAUCUUGUUUUGUUUUUUGUGAUAAAUUUGGCUUUUUUAAUGUGAGGUAGAUGGGGAUAUAACAGGUAUGUUUAAGGGUCAAUAUUAUUUAAAACGCUACUAUGGAAAAACAGUCGAGGUGUUAGGGGGAAGACACCGGAAAUGGUGUUGUGUAAUCCCCGCCUGUAUGGUUUAUACAAUUUUCCCAGAAUGCUGUUUGUGAAGGACAGGACUCCAACCAUGAUUUAUAAACAUCUGUUUGAUAUUUAUAAGGUUUAUGUUUGUGGUAAGUCAGGUUCAGUAUGUGAAAUACUAGAUUUAUUUUACAGAGUACAGGCAGAUCUUUGCAGCCUCAUUUGAUUUCUUCAGCCGCACAUAUUAGCGCCUCAGAGUUGUGUAUCACCAUAUUUUUAUUUUGUGUAACUUAUUUAAGCACAUUAUAAAGUAUCAUUUAUCAUUUAUGCACAUUAUGAAAGUAUAUUUGCUUCACUAUGGGUUUAAGCCAUAAUUUCUGCUGUUCAGCCAUGUAGAAUUUAGCUGUAGAAGGCAAGUGACGGAUCACUGUAUAUACUGGUAAAUGAAUGCAUUUGCCUGUGUGUGCCACAUUUGGUUUUUACAUGGACUGCGUGCUGUUCCAUUUCUCAAAAUCCCCAAAAAAUGGACAAGUGUUUAUGAAUCUGAAGUAAAUAAAAUCGGAUUAUGAUGUGUUCUCA